GUGUCAGUGAUAGUUUAAAAUCAUGUCUAAAGUAGAAAUAUUGAGAGUGUUGGUGAACAGGCGUUUAACGGCUGCGGCGGAAGAGUUAUUUGAACUGUUUGAAGGAACCAUAGCAGAUUAUGAAGAGGAACUUUCUCGUUUAAAGCGAGAGAAUGAACGACAACGGAAAAGACUGGAUACAGUUUUAAAUCCUGAAGUUAGAUUGCACAGAGCAGAUGUUCAGCAGGAUCCAUAUCCCCCAUACAUUAAAGAGGAACAGGAGGAACUGUGGAGGAGUCAGGAUGGAUCUGUCCCUAUCAACAGCGAAGAUGAAGAGAAACCUCAGUCUUCACAGCUUCAUCAAAGAAAAACAGAAGAGAACAGAGAGACAGAGCUUCCAGCCAGCAGCUCAGCUCAACAGAUAGGAAGAGAUGCUGAUGGAGUGUGCUGUGAAGGGUCCGAACCAGCUAGGGACUUGGAUCCAGAUAGUGAUGAUGUGACAGAAUCAAAACAGACCCGGACAAGUGUGUCUGUUAGUCCAGCCGAUCACGAUGACAGGAUGUCAGACUCUUCUGAGACUGAAAAUAGUGAAGAUGACUGGAAGGAGACUAGGGAAUGCCAGUCACAUUUAAAAACACUGAAAAACAUGAGUGUUCCUGAAGGUGGUCAACAAUGUAACACUGGCAAGAGAUUUCUCAACUGCUUUAAGUGUGGUAAAACAUUUAAACCUGAGGACUAUUUGCAGAGUUGCAUGAAAGGUCCUUCAGGAAAAAAAACAUAUGUUUGCUCAGUUUGUGUUAAACAAUCCACACAGAGUGCACAUUUAGUCACGUAUAAGAGAACUUGCCCAAGAGAAAAGCUUGUUGGCUGUUCAUUCUGUAACAAACAGUUUAGCUAUAGAAGAGAUGUUGUGAGACAUAUGAGAACACACACAGGGGAGAAACCAUUUAGCUGCUCAGUUUGUGGUAAAAGAUUCUCUCAGAGUACAGGUUUGAGUUUACACAUGAGAACACACACGGGAGAGAAACCUUACAACUGUUCAGUGUGUCAUCAGCGGUUCAUCCAAAGUGGAAUUUUGGCCAGGCAUAUGAGAGUUCAUACAGGAGAAAAGCCUUAUACUUGCUCACUGUGUAACACAAAUUUUAGUCUGAGUCAGUCGCUUUUAAAACACAUGAGGAUCCACACAGGAGAGAAACCAUUCAGUUGCUCAAUAUGCCAUAAAGAAUUUACACAAAAAGGACAUCUGACACAACACAUGACACUCCACACAGGGCAGAGGUUGUUCAGUUGCAGUGUCUGCGGGAAAAAAUUCACUCGACAGUCUCGUGUGAAAAAACACAAGUGUGUUAAUGAGAACAGCAACAGUAAAUGAAACUGCAGUGCUGCCGGUUGGCAACUGAGAAACCUUCAGCAGCAGAUGAAUUAAGUGGAUGAGUUAGGAACAAUAUGGGAACAUAUAAGGCUGUCACUCAUUCAAAAAGUCCAGUUUGAUGGAAUAAAAA